CGGGCGGAUUUGGACGAAGUUUCCGAACUGUCCCGGCCCGGAGGAGCCCUGGGGGUUGAAGGGGAAUCGCCAGCACCGAAAUAAUGGAAGAUUCCCAUUUCAACUCAUCAUACUUUUGGUCUCCCGUUCCAACAGUGCAAGGACAGAUUGAGAACGCCAUGUUUCUGAAUAAGAUGAAAGAGCAGCUGGGGCCGGACAAGGGCACUGCUUUUCCGCACUCGUCCGCGGCGCACUACCCCACGGCGGUGCUGACGGUGCCGGGCUCGGUCGCCAUGGACACGGGUGGGAGGGUGCCGAAGCAGGAGGGUGGAGGAGGAGGAGCGAGCGGGACAGCAGGGGUGCAAAUAUCUGGCAUGGGAGCGCACCUGCACCCACCUCACACGUCCCAGAACAUCACGGUGGUGCCCGUCACGUCUACUGGCAUCAUGACAGCAGCGGGGUUAGUGAUCACGACUCCUCAAGGGGCACUGGUAACUCCUCCUGCCUCCUCUCAGUCUUUUGUUUCUGGACCACCCACAACAACCAUGAUUGUGUCCGCUUUACACCCAACAAACACAGAGGCUGUCCGGCCCCCUUCCCUCUAUCUCCACAGCCACUACAAGAAAGAGGACGGCAGUAUUCCACCCGCCGUAGUCAUGCCACUUCCCUCAAAGCGGGGCAGAAAGAAGAAGUCCAUGAUGCCAAGGGCAGGUCUCGUUUCAGCCCAUGCACUCGCCACAGGAAGUGAUGCGCUAAUUCUUGCACACCUGGCCGCUGGGGGUCAGCACAACGCGAAUGACCCAUAUGACCUUUCCAAUGAUGAGGAUGAUCAUCCAGGCAAAGAUGGGAACAAGUCAUACAGGUGCCGGAUGUGUGCGGUGACGUUCUUCAACAAAUCAGACAUGCAGAUUCAUGCCAAGUCGCACACGGAGGCGAAGCCGCACAAGUGUCCUCACUGCUCCAAAUCCUUCGCCAACUCCAGCUACCUGUCCCAGCACAUCCGCAUCCACAGCGGCGCCAAACCCUACACCUGCUCCUACUGCCAGAAAACCUUCAGGCAGCUCAGCCACCUGCAGCAGCAUACACGGAUUCAUACUGGCGAUCGGCCAUACAAGUGUUCCCAUCCCGGCUGUGAGAAAACUUUUACCCAACUAUCCAACCUCCAGUCUCAUCGAAGACAGCACAACAAGGACAAGCCAUACAAAUGUCACAAUUGCAACCGCGGCUACACAGAUGCGACCAGCUUAGAGGUUCACUUGUCUACACAUACGGUGAAACACGCCAAACUCUUCUCCUGUGGCCUCUGCAACCGCGCCUACACAUCUGAGACGUACCUGAUGAAACACAUGCGAAAACACAACCCAGACCCUCUGACGGUAGCAGCCGCAGUAGCUGCCCAGCAAGCCCAGCAGGGCCAGAAUCCUGCUCAGCCCUCGGGCGUGGGAAGCGGCAGGGGUCGCGGGCGAGGCAGGGGGGCCGGAGCGGGAACGGCGGCCCAAGCGCAGAACCAACCCAACCCCACCCCGCCAACCAGUUACUCUGUUACAGAGGGAAUACCCUGCCCUUUCGACCUGCAUCAGUACAAGACCGUGUCGGUUGGAGAGAUCCAGUACAAACCGGUCACCGUGGCCGACCUGACGGCCCACAAAGACCUCUGCCUCACCGUCUCCACCUCUGCCAUCCAGGUGGAGCACAUGAAUUCGUAGAGGAACUUGAGGAGAAUGAGAGCGAGGAGGUGGUGUGAGGAGAAACGGACCAUGAAUUGGAUAGGAAAUAAAACACUGCCUUGGGACAGAGGACGAUUUGCAAAUACAGACUGGCAGGAGGGGAGGGCAGGUUUGCAAAUUGAGGAGAAAAGGAGAGAUGGAGGAGCACAUCAACUCUUAUGAGUUGUUGUCUUUCUUUAGACUUGCUUUGCAGUGUCACAAAAAAGGCCUUAAACUGUCAUGGUAACUAUUUUCAGUUAGCAGCUAUUGAAAUAUACAAUACCCAGCCCUAAUUCUGUCCCUUUGGCCACUAUGGAUUGCAACGGUCGGGUUACGGAAGUAAACAUCCCAUUCAUUUUCUCCAUUGGGGAAUUGAUUUUUAAUAAAUACAAACCUUUGAAGACAGACCAACUGUGAGCUACAAGGCUGUUAAAGGGACAGUUCACCCAAAAAUGAAACUUUUGUCAUCAUUUA